GUUUUCUUCUCUUUAAUCUCUUCAUCCUGACCAUCCAGAAUCCUCAACCGUCGCCGUGGUGUCUCAAGUCUGAAAUCUGUGGUGUUGGGCACUUUUUAACUGCUGCAGGGUCUGUGGAAGUCGUUAUUGGCUUGUAUUUUUUUCUACCUUCCCCCUUUACUCAUUCCAGGUGGAUAGAAUGCCUGAUGAGCAUCAAUUAUCUGCUGAUGAUGAAAUUCCGAGGCAGCCCGGUCCUCCUAUACUGCGCCUCGUUCCGAAGGAGAAGGACCAGGAUGAAUUGCGCAGAUUUUCUUUUGCUGGUCAUUUACUCGCAGAUGAAGACUAUGUUAAAAGUGGAGUCGUGUACAGCAUUUUGAAAAGCGCAUGGAGACCCAAGGGAGGACUGGAGGUUCAUGAGCAGUCCAAGAACACCUUUAUCUUUCUCCUCUCUGAUGAAACAGAGAAGGAUCGCAUCUUCCAGGAAUCUCCAUGAUGGAAAGAUGAAGAUGGAAACUAUCUCACACAACCAAGUCCCCAAUAUGGCCCGCAUAUGAGGGUUCCAGCUUAUUCUCCGAGGAAGCAUUUCGGUUCCAUUCGCGAGACAAAGCAGAAUCCGCAGUUAAGCAUGGAAUCAUCGGCACACAUGGCUCCACUCCGGUGGGACGCAAAACAGCCGGUGACAAACACACCAAUCAAUACAGAACCGCAGUUGGUCCAUGACGUGGAAGGCACACCAACAUUGGGUGGGGUACCAGCGGAUGGCGAGCGCGUGAACCAGCGUUCCUCAGACUCGCCGCCCAAAGCUUUUAUUGCAUGUAAUCCUUCCUGCAGUGACAUAAUUACUCACCCAGCUGGAGGCUCACAAUCCUCACUGCCAUCCACUCCCACCCCCGAGCAUAUAACUCCUCCAUUAAAUGCGAUGGUGACCGAAGACGAUGCAUUCUUAUCUGUUCAGACUCUUGAAUGUUCAAGUACAUCGGACGAAUUCACUGGACGUCAGCAAACCUCCUUCCCCAUCCAAAUUGGCCCAGAGCAGUCUACUAUGGAUGUUGAAGUGGGCUUCAUUCUAUCCGAACAGGUAAAGGCCCAUUUAUCACUGGGAAGGCCGGUAAAUACUGGGAAAAAACGUAAAACUGAGAUGGGGCCUUUAGAGCAAAUCUUUAAACGGACCCGUAUUAGAGAGGCUGAAGCUUCUGAAGUCCUAUGCUCCCCUGCCCAAUUACAAGCAGCUCUCAUACUGGAUAGAUCUGAAUUCCACAAACAGGAUCAGCAAGGCUUUUUCACAAAUGUAAAUGAGACUAUCACCGUGAAGAAAGUUCGUAGAAGAAUCCGGCAGCAAGCCCUCACUCAUCAUGUGCGAUUUAAGCCAGAUGCUAGAUUCUCCCUUCUCCAAGAUUUUCAUCCAACACAGAUCCCCUUCAAUGAUCCCCCAGUUAUUCCAGAACUCCCUCUAGUCAAUACAACUCCAGCCACCCUCACCAACAUGAACAUCCUUUCUUGGAAUUGUCAGGGCCUUGGGCAAGCCUUGACAAGAAGAGUGCUGAAAGACCUUAUCUUUAAACACCGCCCUUGCUUAGUUUUUUUGAUGGAGACUAAACAGUCCAUGAGGUAUCUGGAGGGAUUAAGAAGGAGACUCUCAUUUGCUAAUGGAGUGUAUGUUAAUCCGCAAGGCUAUUCAGGGGGUCUAGCUUUGUGGUGGACAGACGACGUUCAUAUUUCCAUAUUUUCAGCGGACAAAAAUAUGUUCGACGGAAGCUUGUCUGAUGUGGAAUAUAAUGUCACUUGGCAUUUUUCAUUUAUAUAUGGGGAACCUAACAUCCAAAUGCGAAGAGACAUGUGGAGAAAGGUGAUUGCUUUGAAGCGGGAUGCCGUGAUUCCUUGGCUGUUAAUGGGGGACCUCAAUUUGGUUGGAGACAGCUUUGAUAAAAAAGGGAAACGCCCACCGCUAGUCACGGAUAGAAGGCUACUAGAGGAAUUGGCUAACUCUUGUUGUCUCAGGGAACUCGCCUACAAAGGUGCGAGAUACACAUGGUCAAGAGGGAGCAUCAGUGAACGACUUGAUCGUGCCUUAAGUAAUGAACGGUGGACUCAACUUUUUCCUAAUGCCCAACUUUUUCACUGCACUAGGAUUGGAUCGGAUCAUUGUCCUCUGCUACUUUGUUUAAAAGCCAUCCCUGUGUUCCCCAGGAAACAGUUUCGCUAUGAGCUUAAAUGGCAGCAACACCGGGACUAUGAAGGGGUGAUAGCUCAAGGCUGGGCAACAGAACGCCCUGGUUCUCCUCUUUAUUGCAUGUCCUCUAAACUUGCUCAUUGUAGAAAACAUCUGAUGCACUGGUGGAAACACACAGGAAGAAAUUCUCGUCUUGAGGUGGAGCGAUUACAGAAGGAACUUGAUCAAUUACAAUUAGAAGAACAAUCGGAAGCAAACUUAUCCCGACAAAGGUUGCUGAUUGAUGAAAUUAAUUCCCUAUGGCUACAGGAAGAAACACAUUGGUUUCAGAGAGCCCGCACCAGCUGGAUACUCCUGGGGGAUAGAAACUCCAAGUACUUUCAUGCCAUGGCCUCUCGAAGAAGACAGAACAAUUACAUUUUCCAGCUAAAGGAUGAACAAGGCACACUACUGGAAGGGAUUGACUCUCUUUUGGAUCAUGCUUAUUCCCACUUUCAACAGGCCUAUGACUCCCCAGAAACUUGUUCCUUUAAUCAGAUUGAGGGGCUUAUCAGACCGUUGGUGACUACAGAAAUGAAUGAAGACCUAUGUCGGGUUGUUUCGGAUGAAGAAAUAAGGGCCACAGUAUUCCAAAUGGGCGCACUAAAAGCCCCCGGAGUUGAUGGUUUUCCAGGGUGUUUCUACCAACGUCACUGGGAUCUUGUUGGCAAUGAUGUUUGUAGGGCUGUGCAGCAUUUCUUUACAAAUGGUUUCAUGCUUAGGGAGAUGAACAAGACAAAAAUAGUUCUUAUUCCUAAAGUCAAAAAUCCUAAGGUGAUUACACAAUAUCGUCCUAUAUCUCUUUGCAACUUCUCUUAUAAAGUCAUUGCUAAAAUUCUGGCUAAUCGACUCAAAGCAUAUCUCAAUGACCUGAUCUCUCCAUUUCAGUCUGCAUUUGUGCCUGGUAGGACCAUACAAGACAACAUUAUCAUUGCACAGGAGGCUUUCCACGGCUUACACCUAAAAAAGUCAGGUAAGCAUGGUGUUAUUGCUUUAAAACUUGACAUUCGGAAAGCUUAUGAUAAUGUUAAUUGGAGUUGCUUGGAAUAUAUUAUGAGGGCUCACGGGUUUUGCGAUAAAUGGAUCCAUAUGGUGAUGCAAUGUGUCUCAACUGUGUCAUAUACAGUGGGAAUCAAUGGCAGCCAAACUCCUUUUUUCAGCCCUCGACGCGGACUUCGUCAAGGAGAUCCAUUAUCCCCAUAUCUUUAUCUAUUCAUUGCUGACAUUUUAUCUCGGUUAUUAACGGCAGCCACUUCAGCAAAGCAACUUACUGGCUAUAAGAUCCGAAGACGGAGCCCUAUUAUCAGCCACCUUCUCUUUGCAGAUGACUCCUUAAUCUUUUGUCGGGCUACAACAGAGGAGAUAUGCCAAUUGCAAUCCAUUCUGCAAGUCUAUGGAGAUGUGUCAGGCCAAAAAGUCAAUUUCUCUAAAUCUGCUGCCAUGUUCAGCUCCAACACUCCAACUGAGGUGCGAAACUUAAUCUGUAGUAAACUUGGCAUCCAAGCUGAGUCGACUUUCUCAAAGUAUCUCGGUGUUCCAAUUUCAUGGGGGAGGUCCAAAAAAGACUGUUUAAAAUAUGUGGUCGAUAAAAUACAGCAGAAACUCACUCACUGGAAAAAGGGUUUGUUAUCACAAGCUGGUCGAGAAAUUUUAAUUAAAGCAGUAGCUAUGGCCAUCCCCACCUUUACCAUGUCUUGCUUUCUUUUCCCUGUAGGAGUUUGUCAAGAUAUCAACAGGAUCAUCAGGGAAUUUUGGUGGGGCCAACAAGCUGAGGAAAGGAAAAUAUGCUGGGUCAGUUGGAGCCAUCUCUCAAAAAGUAAGCAUGUGGGAGGUAUGGGCUUUAAAGAUCUCUACUGCUUUAACCUGGCAAUGUUAGCCCGACAGGCUUGGAGAUUAUUGCAAAAUCCUAAUGCCUUAUGGGUCCAAGUCUUAAAAAGUUUAUACUUCUCAGAUUCCUCCUUUUUGUCUGCUAGAAAGGGAAGUCAUCCCUCUUGGAUUUGGUCAAGCAUUUUACGAGGAAGGGAUAUUAUCCAAAUCGGCAUGAGAUGGAAUGUCGGGAACGGUCAAAAUAUUCUGAUUUUUGAAGACAGAUGGGUUCCCACUCUGCCAGGAUUUAAGGUGACCUCUCCUGAAACUCACUCUUUGUUUACUUAUGUUUGUGAACUACUUGAUGAUGGGGGAGAAUGGGAUAUUACAAAAUUAACUCUUAGCUUCAGCAACCAAGAGUGCAGAGAAAUUCUCAAAAUCCCGACUAGUGCAUGCCCUGACUCCUUUAUCUGGCAUUAUGAUAAAGUUGGGAAAUUUUCAGUCAAAAGUGCUUAUUUCCUUGCAUAUAAUAUGACCCGUGAACUAGGAAUACUUGAAACCAAUAGGGACAUGACCAUUGGAGAGUGGAAACAAUUAUGGCGAUUGAAAAUUCCCCCAAAGGUUCGUGUUUUCUUGUGGAGAGCCAUACUAAAUUCUCUGCCCUCUUUGGAUAAUUUGGUAAAAAGGGGAGUGUUACAAGAGAUGACCUGCCCUAAUUGUCAGGGAGCUGAUGAGACCUUGAUGCAUCUCUUAUUUUUUUGCCCUCAAGUUGAACCAAUUUGGUUUGGCUCCAACUUGGGUCUUAACCCUCGGCAACUGCGGGUGAAUUGUUUUAGAGACUGGUGGAGGUUCAUUAACAGUUUAGCAAAGCAGAUGGGUUUACCAUCUCUGGUUGAUCAAAGUGCAAUAAUCUGUUGGCAUCUAUGGAAGGCAAGAAAUGAGAAACACUUUGAACAUGUGGAUUUUAAUCCUCAUCAAAUUCUUGCUCGUAUCUCUGCUAUGAUCCAUGACUACUCCUCUAGCAUGUCUAAAAACUUACCGCUUGCCCCGUCCAGGUCACGGGCUGAUGGGAAACAACAGCAUUCCUCCUGGGUUAGACCUCCGACGGGCUUCCUUAAAGUCAAUGUGGAUGCCUCUUUCUCUCCCCAAACGGGUUGUGCUGCUCUAGCAAUGGUUGGGCGCAACUUUAAAGGUGAGAUUUGUGUUGGAGAAUCCUGGCUCUCUAUGGCAUCAUCAUCGCUUAUGGCAGAGGCGGUCGCUUUAUGCAAAGCUGCUAAAUAUAUGGAAAGCAUGGGCGCCCAAAAUGUCUUGUUUGAAUCAGAUAACCAGGCUUUAAUUAUCUCCCUAUUGCAUCCUGAUAAACCAAUCCCAUGGGAGAUUAAGUCAAUCAUCCUGGCCCUUAGAGAAAUCUCUCAUCGCCACCCGCAUUUCAUGUUUUCCUUUAUCCCACGAAAGGAUAAUAAGGUCGCAGAUUGGGUGGCUAAACAGUCACUUAAAGGGCAAUGCCCCUUCUUUUGGGCACAUAGACCUCCAAAUGAUUUUACUUUGGAGCAAGAUAGUGUCACACCAGUAAAUGGUUGGAAGGCUUACUAUGCAGCUACAAGAGCUAUUAUGAAUGUUAAUGAAGAAUUCUUUAACAUCAUCAGAGAAAGGUCUCUUGCAGCAAUGAGUCAUUUUUGGUUUAAUGCAGAUUAUGUAAAGUGCAUUCUUGCCUCAGGAGAACAUUUUUCAGGGUAUAAUGCCGUAAUUGAGAGUUGGGAGGUUAAAUUUACCUGGGAGCAAUGGUUCGAUUUUCAGGUUCGAGAUGUGCGGGCCAGGGUGCGGACAGACAUGGCUUGGGUUACCAUGAAGACCUAUGUUGAAAUUAUCGGACCAUUUAACAUGACUAAUGUGUUUGAGUUCCAUAAUGGGAGGUGGUAUAUGGUGCAUCAUCACAGCUCAGUGAUUGUUCCUAAUGGAGACGUAGAGCAACAGUUUGGUCACGGCCAUGGGUAGCAGAAGAUGAAGAAGAAGAGUAAUGUACUAGUACAGACAUAGUGGUACUGAUUAACAGGGGCAAGUUGCUUGAAAUUUCUCUGUGAUUUAUUUGGAAAAUCUGUAUUGCCACUUUUUCCAACCCUAGUUAUGGGUAUUAUGUGGUAAAUAGGCCAAUUCCUUUUUCUUCAUUCUCUUGUCUUCGUUUUUAUCCUAAAUUUCUUCUUACUGUGUAAUUGAAUGAGAGAUUGAAGCUGAAGUGGAGCAUUCUUUUUCCCGUUUUCUUUUGCGGAAAACCAUUGAAAGCUGAAUUGAAUAAGACGACUACAAAAUU